AUGGUUGAGCAGGUCCACGACAUUCUCGCUGAUGGCCGAACGAAAAGGAGUGAAGCAGCAGAGAUCGUAGGCGUGUCGUACGGAACAGCAUUUAAUAUUUUGCAUGAUAAUUUGGAAAUGAAAAAGCUGUCGGGUCGAUGGGUGCCGCGAUUGCUCAUGAUGGACAACAAGCAAAUGCGGCUUUCAAUUUCGAAGCAGUGUUUGAAGCUGUUUAAGUACAAUCUGCAGAAGUUUUUGCGUCGAAUCGUAACCGUUGAUAAAACAUGGAUUUAUCACUACAUACUGGAGACCAAGGAACAAUUAAAAUAUGGACUUUACUCGGUAAACAUGCUCUGA